AAAUACGCAACAGCCCUAAAAUCAUAUGACAUCAGCACACCUAAAUCCGGUUCAUAGCCUGGUUUUUUAUUCAUACAAGGCAUAGACUGUAAAAGCACCGACGGAAGGAAUAAUAUCGCCAGGCUAAUCACCAUGACCUCUCCCUAUUACAUUUCUAAUGCAGUGACGUGCCCAGAUCAUUCUGUACAUUUCAGGGUCGUUUUCCGGGGAGUAUCUAUUUCAUGGUGCGCAACGGAUACACCGCAAUAAGCACAGCAAACAUUGGAUGCUAUUUCGGCGUCCGUGGUAUCAGUGCAAAAGAUUCGUACCAGUGAAACUGCUUAGCGGCCUGGACAGCAGAGAAACAUACAGCGGCAAAGGACUUAAAUGAAAAAGAAAUAAACGCUGGAAAAGCACCUUCAUUUUACAGCCUGGCGGAAAGGGUGCGUGGGGAACUUUGACUGUCUAUACAUAUAAGAUUGGCCGCGACCCUAAACAGGGAGCAACGCCAGCCGGCCCCCAUGAGCACAAGGACCGCCCUCCAGCCCUCCUCAGCCAAUCCGCAGAGGUGGGCGGAGCCCAUGCGCGGCAUCACAGUCAGCGUUCCCAGAGGGCGAUUCCGGAGGCCACAGGUCACACCGAGCUGAAUGGAGGAGAAGGAGAGGAGCCUCUCGCCCUCGCGGCGGGCCAGCCGCGUGGAGCAGGUGGUCGGCCGCUGGCUGCGACGUUCCCGCGACUCCAACAGCAGAGAGAGGGCAGCUGGGGAGGGCAAGUUUGGGACUCCAGUUGGUGCUGUGGCCGCCCCCAUCAAACUGACCGUGAAGCUUGCAAGGGACCCACGCUUGGACUCCCAUGGAUUCGAGAUCUCAGAUCAGUGCCCCCUGCUGGUCACAGAGGUUACUGCAGGCGGCCCGGCGGAUGGCAGGCUCGUCCAAGGAGACCAGGUGCUAACGAUUAACAACAUCGUGACGGACGACCUGUCCGCCGAGCAGGCUGCUGAAAUCAUCAGGGAAUCAUGGGAUUGUGUGACGCUGAUGGUCCUUCGGCACACGGCUGGGCCCAAGUCCUCCUUCAUGACAGCGGAGAAGAGAGCACGCUUGAGAAGCAACCCUGUGAAGGUUCACUUUGCAGAGGAGGUGGUGGUCAACGGGCACACUCAGGGAAACUCGUUGCUGUUCCUUCCCAACGUCCUGAAGGUCUACCUGGAGAACGGCCAGACAAAGGCCUUCAAGUUCGAAGCCAAAACCACAGUGAAGGAAAUUGUGCUGACUCUGAAGGAGAAGCUGUCCAUACGAUCGAUUGAGUACUUUGGGCUGGUGCUGGAGGAACAGUACAGCGUCAACAAGCAGCUGCUGUUACACCAAGAGGAGUACAUCCAGCAGGUGGUGCACAAGAAAGAGGUCCAUGACUACAGGUGUUUGUUCCGCGUCUGCUUCGUGCCCAGAGAUCCCCUAGAACUGCUGCAGGAAGAUCCCGUGGCCUUUGAGUACCUCUACCUGCAGAGCGUCAACGACGUGCUGCAGGAGCGCUUCGCUGUGGAGAUGAAGUGCAACACGGCACUGCACCUGGCCGCACUGCACAUCCACGAGCGCCUGGACAGCUGUGGCCAGACUCACCGCACCUCCCUGAAGAGCAUCACGAAGGAGUGGGGAAUUGAGAACUUUAUCUCACCAACCCUACUGAGGAACAUGAGUGAGAAAGAUCUGAAGAAAGCGAUUGGCUACCACCUGAAGAAGAUUCGGGCCCUGCUGGAUCCCAAACAGAAGGUGAUAUCAGCAACCCAGGCUCGCCUAAGCUACCUGGCACAGCUGGGCGAGCUGCAGUCGUACGGAGGAAAGUGCUUCACCGCCACCAUACUGUUCCAGGACAGGGAGUCCAUGGUUAACCUCCUGGUGGGAGCCAGAUACGGCAUCAGCCAGGUGAUCAACCAAAGGCUCAACAUCAUCGUCGUUCUGACCGAAUUCACCAGCAUCACUCGCGUAGACCUCCUCCCCGAGUCUGAGAGGGUUAGCCUAGUCAAGAUUUACUUGCAGGACGUCAAGCAAAUAACCCUCCUGAUGGAGUCUGCUGCCGCCAAAGACUUCUCCUGCCUAGUAACUGGUUACUGCAAGUUGCAUCUGGACCCAGCCCUGACCGUUUUCUCCUGGAGCAGCCCUGCCAAGAUGUAUCGCAUCCCAACCGAGGCAGGCUACCCCCAAGAUGGUGGUGACCUAGAUGACUUCUCCAUAGUGGACAGCUCGGGCAAUGUGCUGGUCGACUUUCACUUCUCCAUUGAUGACGCGAGGGUGAUGCCAUUGCGAGAGGAGGAGGAUGGAAUGAAGGGUAACAAAAACGAAGAAGAGGAAGAAGUGGAAGCAAAUGGGAGCAAGGUAGCAGAUGAAGCAGCAGGUGACCGGGGAAACGAGGAAGAGGAUGAGACAUUAAACUUGUGCCAUAGCAGGAGCCAGUCUUUGGAAAACCUGGAUGAUGAUGACCUUCUGACCUGCUCUGCCGGCGAGCCUUCGAGCAUAGAUGCCAGUCAUCCCUAUCUUCUGGACACAUCUAUAUUGGAAAUGGAGCUCGAUGGAGAUGGCAUUAUCCAUGGUCUUGAGAAUACAGAACAGAAAAACGAGGCCUUCCUGUGUUUCAGGGACUUCUCUAGCAUGGCGGACUCUCUCCCCAGUCCCCCAGAGGCCACUGAUGAAGAGGACGAGCGCCAGCGAAUCAAUUUAGGCCACUUCAGUGAAGGUGGACUUACCAAGGGGGAUGAUGAUGUGGAGAGGCCCACCUCUUCUGCUCUCACUUUGGAUGUAGGUGACCUCCCCGAACAUCCUGAACCGGCCCAGGCUAGGCUGCAGGUCAUGCCCCAAGACCUUCGGCCAGCCCCUGUUCUCCAGCCUUCACCCAGUUUUGUAGACAGCAGCUCAGAGGACGAGUUCUUUGAUGCCAAUGAUAAAUUCGUACCUUCAGCAGCUGGUCAGGAGACCUCAGUGAUCCGCAAGGACAGAGCAGGCAUGACCCGCACGCUGAACCUGCAUAACCUCAGCUGCACAGAGCAGGAGAGGGAGGAAAAUGAGAGGGACCAAAUGUCAACACCACCAGCAACCUCAAGUGUUGUGAAAAAGUUGCGCAAACGUCACUUCUUCGCAGAGAACUACACAUCCCAAGUGUCCUUCCCUGUGACAGAAAGAGAGAAUCAGAUGGUGGAUGAGGACCAGUUGGGCAGGUUUGACAAUGAUCCCUCAAACUGUUCCUUAGAAAAUGAGCCUUUCCAUCACCCUGAGCCACCAAUCCAUUCAGGCUCUCAUCUGCCAGGUUCCCCUGGCAACUCGACAAGUGAGAAGCUCAUUCAGAACAAUCAGCUUUCAUUUGACCUCUUGGAGAUGAACCCAGACACUUUGGAGUACAAACUCUUUAAUGGCUCUCCUGUGGUUUUGGCGGAGUAUAGCCAAGUAGACCCAGAGGCCAAGAACGGCAACAAAUGUUUAGAACAUUUUUCUGGUUCUGUUGAAGAAACAGUCUCCAGUGACAGUGUGGUCCUCAACAGCUCAGAAGCCAGUAAUAAAGGGCUGCCUUCCUCAGAAAAGCAGUCAUCCCUGAGUUGUACACUUGGGGGACAAGAUGGUAAAGCGAGGUACUCCGAAGUUCAAAUGUCUCCCCUACAGCUUACACAUAGUCCACAAUUCAUACCUACUAAUACCUCAGUCUUCAGCUCACGUAGUUCAGAAGAGACACAAGGAGCUGAGGACAAUGAGGCAGGUUUAGAGGCUGAGUCUCAAAGUGUCACUGCAGACCAAUGGACAAAUGACAGCAGCUGUCUUGUCAUGGUCUCCAGUAGGCGUAUUUCCCUUAGUUUUGAAAGCAUUUUGCUGGUAGAAACUGAGGCUUCAGAUAUUGUUGAAGCAAGUAGCGUCACAACCAAUGAAACAACAAACACAAAUUCGCAAAGACGCUCCUUAGGCUUAGUGGGCCGACUGUCAAACUCUGCUCUGCGAAAAAAGAUCCGAAAGCUUCCUUGCUGUCUCUCUAGGUCCCAGGAAACUCUCAACACUUUGGGCAGCUGCACUGACAAAACCACUUCAGAAAGACACAUGGACGAAAGCCAGGUUGCUACUGAGGUCACUGAGGUGACUGAAGCAUCUACUGCAGACGUGGAAGAGCCCAGCGAACUGACAGAGGAAGUCAUAGAGAUGCCGACUGAAGAAUCGGAAGAUGACCCAAAGCUACUGAAGGUGGUCACAGAAAACAGGUCUGACACUGAUACAUUCUGUCAUCGCUUAUGUUCCGAUGUUGAAAGAUCAGAAUCUAAAAUGUUACAACUCUGUAAGCACCCAGAUGUGGGCAUGUGCAACAUUGGUUCUGCUAUUCUGUCAAGAGAGGACGAGUCAGAGGAUGUGGGGGAUCACAUGACUGAGGUGCUUCAAGAACCCAAGGAACUAUAUAGAGAUUUAAAACCAUGUGAGUCCAAGCAGCCUCAGCCCUUGCCCCAUCCUUACACGAAGGGGAUGGUUGAAUUUAUGCCUCCACCUGUGCUGCUGGUGUCCCGGACUCCCCAGGAACACUGCGGGUGCCAAAGUUAUUCUAAUUGCUUCAGCAGGCAGACAGACAGAAGAAAUUUAGACGAGGAAGAGAUGCCGGAUCAGACACAGGGAAGAGAGGGCACAUGCCUAACAGUACCCUCCAUGUAUCCCGCUUCCUCCAUCCCUCCGUUCUCCAGGGUUGUUCUCCCUCGUUCCUCUUCCUCAGAACUAAGCCCCUUGCUGUCUCCUCUGGACCCUGCUGACUGCAGCCCACCAGAUUCUCUGCAGGAAGUGCUCAACCAACUACGCGGUCGGCACUAUAGGGUCCCUGGGGGCUUCUCCCUGCUGCAGCAGGAUCUGCUGGAGCUGCUGACCAUCCUUGAGGCAGAGCCCCAGGGCCGGGGGCAGCACCACUGGGAAACAUGCGUAGCACAUCUCUCAGAGAACAAGCACCUGCUCCAUGCCGAGGCGCGCAAGCUGAUGUCCAACUGUCAGCGGGUUAUCCGGGUGGGCCAGGGCCCUGACGAGAUGCUGCGGACCUUGAGCGAGAGCUUCCACACCCUGGUGCAGCUGGCCAGCAUGUGUCUGUGCUUCUCCAGUUGCUGCCAGUGUGAGGGCAGCCUCACUAAGGUUCUGGGAAGCCUAAGGGAGAUAACCAAAGCCUACAGGGAAUUCUCUCAAGAGGCAGAGCUCGCCUGUGGAAGGAAGAGCUGCCAAGAUGUCAGCAUAAAAGUGCUAGCGAGACAAUGUACUGCCCUCACUGCCUCCGUCUUCUGCCUCACGCAGCUGUACUGCACCCUCGCUGCUCUCUGAUUCUGCCUUUGACCUACAACCUCUAACGCUCAAGUCCCACUUGUGAGAGAUAGGAAAACUCGGAGGCAAUGGAGGAACUUGCUAUGGUAGAGAAAUUCCUAUGCCAAGUUGCAAAAGACAGGGUGUACCUGAAAGGUACCUGAGAGGUACACUCCAAAUUCCAGCACGCACGAGUAAAUGGGACAUGCAAAUCUGAAGAAACACUCACAAGUGGCAGCUCCAUGUAGUCCUACUACAGCAUUCUUGGUCUUCGUCUACAAACUCCAGCCACUUGCAUACUUGGUCUUUGUCUAUGAACCCUGGAUACUUGCAUACUUGUUCUUUGUCUAUGAACUCUGGAUACUUCCAUACUUGGUCUUUGUCUAUGAACUCUGGAUACUUCCUACUUUGUCUACCAACUCUGGACACUUGCAUACUUAGUCUAUGUAUACGUAUGUAUGUAUUUAUUGUCCUCAGCUUAUUUAGUACCUUAUUGUAAUGGCUGAUGUCAGGGAAGUAAUGAGCAGGGAAGGGAUCUUUUAUGUCCUGAUUCAAUAGUCCUGUUAAAUGGAUUGUGUGAAGAAACAUGCUAAAGCAAGCUGUCCUAUUCUUUUUAUUUUAAUUUAGCGUAAACACUGGAUGAAUGUUUAACAUACAGUAAUUAUGGCAACUACUGAACUGUUUAAUACAAUAAUUUAAAGAGAAGAAGGUAAUUUUAAGCCACUAUGGCUGUGUGUUUCUUCAAUACAUGGUUUAUAUGAACACGCUCCAUGCUAAAGGGAUAAUGCUGGUUUUUCACAUGGGCCAAAGGUGUAAGAUAUAAUUGCAUGAGAUGUAGAUGCAAAUGCAAACAAAAACCUUUAAUUACUCAUUGUCUUGAAAAUUAUGUAGGUUUUUUGUAUAUACAUAUAUAUCUCCAAUGCAAUGUUCUGUUCUUCAGGAAAAAGGUGGUGGGGCUUGCAAGACUGUUCUAACAUUCAACAAACGGUAGCCAUGUCUUUCCACAGUACGGCAAGAUGAAUGUCUGUCUCAGAGAAACGGCAACCUCUCGUUUCGUAAAGCACAACUGCAGUAGGGCUUGCGUUACCGAAGAAGGCGUGAAGCACAGUGCCUGUGAUGAAGAUACGUAGGAUUAAAACGCUGACGAAUUGACUGAGCUGCAAAUGGGUAAUCUGGGAGAAGUGUCUAGUGUUGCUGGGGGACUUGCAAAUAUUUAGUUUUUCAGAACUGUUUGUUCAAAAAUCUCUUGUAUUCUUAUACUGCAUGAAGAGCAAGAAUCAAAAUCCAAUGUCCUGAAGUAAGGAUGCUGGUAAGUCGAGUAUGAAACCUAGCUGAUUAUUAUUUAGUAGCGAUUCUGUCAUUAUGGAUGCACUGGGACCGUGAGCUAGGAGUUAUGAAUGGUCCUUGUCAUGCUGCCUACAGCAGAAACAUUGAUAACUGGUCCUAAGUUUGGUUCUUACUGUAUUUUCCAUGGAGGAAAUCUUUGUUUGAACCUUGUAUUUGUUACUUGAAUUCAGCUCAGAUGUAGGUGAGUCAUUCAUACAUGUUUACAUGGUCAUGUUCCUGCCAAAACCCUAAUUUCAUACUGAAAACAGAUAUAUAACUGAAGAUGCUCUAAGGUUAAAGGUCAUUCUGUUCUAUAUGGAAAUGUUUGGUUUGGUUGGUAGAGAACGUUUUUUUUUUGCCAAAAUCUAUUUUUUAAUAACUGAAAGAACAAUGAUACAAAGCGCUCCGGUGCAAAUCUCAAUUACAGCUGUAGAUACAGUAAAUCCUGCUUGCUAAAAGCCAUAUCUGUGAGCUGUCUAAGAAAUGAAGGGACAAUCACUGCUGUUUUUAUGCUGAAUUAAACAUUGGUUUUAAAUAAAA